GUGAAAAUAAACUAUACUAGCGUGCUGUUGGGUUGCAGAAAAUAAACACUUAUGUGUAGGCUGUUGCUAAGAAAUAUUAUCGCUAUUGAAUCCUUGCUGAAUUAUUAGUAUUUUCUAACAAAUAACAUUAGAUGUAGAUAUUUUGUUUUAAAAUCAUGGGUCGGGAUUAUUACGCUGUUUUGGAAAUCACAAGGAACGCAAACGAGGCAGAUAUAAAAAAGAGCUAUCGCAAACUUGCCUUGAAGUACCAUCCGAGCACAAACUUGGAACCAGGUGCUCUUGAAAAGUUCAAUCAACUUGCGGAAGCCUAUGAUGUAUUAAGUGACCCUAGGAAGAAAGCUACUUAUGAUAAGUUUGGAGAAGAAGGGCUGAAGGGAGGCAUUCCUCCAGAGUUUGGAGGCAGUGGCGCCUGGACUAGCGCUUACACUUUCCACAGGAAUGCAGACAAGGUCUUCAGAGACUUUUUUGGAGGGGACAACCCAUUUUCAGAUUUCUACAGUGCAGACGGUGGAGAGGUUAACAGUGGGUUUGGGGGCCUGCGGGGCCGGGGGGUGAAGAGAAGCGAUCCUCCAAUUGAACGGGACCUCUACCUGUCCCUGGAAGACUUGUUUUACGGAUGCACAAAAAAGAUUAAAAUCUCAAGACGGGUUAUGAAUGAAGAUGGUCACACGUCAAGCAUUAGAGACAAGAUUCUAACUAUAGAUGUGAAACCAGGUUGGAAACAAGGAACCAAAAUCACAUUCCAAAAAGAAGGAGAUCAGGGACCAAACAACAUUCCAGCCGACAUUGUGUUUGUUGUGAAAGAGAAACAGCACCCCCGUUUCGUAAGACAUCAGAAUGAUCUUAUCUACACAUCCCACAUCGACCUGGGAAAAGCUUUGAUUGGAUUUUCUGUGGAGGUUGAGACACUGGAUGGCAGGCUCCUCAACAUACCAAUCAAUGACAUUGUCCAUCCCAGGUACAAUAAAGUGAUCCCUGGUGAAGGAAUGCCUUUAUCCGUGGACCCAAAUCAGAAAGGAGAUCUCAUUAUUCAAUUUGAAAUUCACUUCCCAGAGAAACUAUCUCCGGAAAGGAAGCAGCUGAUACAACAAGCACUCCUGGCUUAAACAGGGAACUAGAACAAAUGUGUUGGAGACAUUACCAAAUGUAUAUAAUCUACAGCAUAAAAAACAUGGAUUUCAAAUAAAUGUGAUCAAAAACAAAAUUCUGUUUCAUUUACAAAUAGGUGUGUGUCUGAACAGAAUCAUGGCUACCAAUUUCACCUAAAAAACAGUUUCAGAUUACUGGUCCUCUGUGAUUGAAACUUCUUCCACGUUUAAAAAGUUUAAUGGGCGUUUCCAAAUUACAUUUCAGAAAAAUGUUAUUUGAGGGGGAAAAAAAUCCCCACAACAAUUACAAUUAAAAGUGAAGAUGGUCCUACAGGGCACUUCAACCCCUUGAAGUACUGAAAGAUUAUUGCAAUGGACAGCUUUUCAAAGAGAACAGGAACAGGUAGACUAAUGGACACAAACUAACUCAACUGGCUUCUGACACUUUUGGGACCCUUAGGCCACACUCCAUACCUUCAGGGGGUAAACAUGUUCAAAUUUCAAUAUAAAGCUA